CCGCGUCACGCCACGCCACGCGGCUCUCGCAGUCCAGGAAACUCACCAACGGCCGGAGCACCGACUGGACUGCGUCGCAUGGAGCGGAGGCACCCGCAGAUCGCGCCGUCGCCGCCGGUGUCGCGGCGGAAGGCCGCGGCGGCGGCGAGCCAGGAGUGGCUGGUGGUGCCGGCGGCCGGGGAGCAGCGCGCGGGGGAGUUCGGGAGGCACCGGAUCAUGGAGAUGACGGGGCUCCCCGCCCGCGACCUCCGCAUGCUCGACCCGCUCCUCUCCUACCCGUCCACCAUCCUCGGCCGCGACCGCGCCAUCGUCGUCAACCUCGAGCACGUCAAGGCCAUCGUCACCGCCGCCGAGGUGCUCGUCCGCGACCCCAGCAACCUGCGCCUCCGCCCCUUCCUCCAAGAACUCCACGCCCGCCUCGCGCUCCCGGAUGCGUCUACCACGGAUCCGGCAACCGACGGCGGCGGGGACCUAGAGCUGGGUGAUGAUCAAGGGGGCGUGCCAAUCCCCGGCAGCGCCAAGAUCCCGCCCUUCGAGUUCAAGGUGCUCGAGGUCUGCCUCGAACACACAUGCAAAUGCAUGGAAACCGAGACGUCGGCCCUCGACAGCGUGGUGUAUCCGGCCUUGGACAAGCUGACCACCAAGGUUAGCACGAGCAACCUGGAGACCGUCAGGCAGAUCAAGAGCCGCCUGGUCGAGCUAUCAGGGCGCGUGCAGAAGGUGAGGGAUGAUAUCGAGCACUUGCUAGACGACGACAGGGAUAUGUGUGAGUUGUACCUGACGAGGAAGCUUGCGUUUCAAGGAGUCAACAACGAGUCGUUGGCUAAUGUGGAUUCCAACAAGCACGCAUCCCCUGAUCAUGAUCAUGAGAAGAAGGAAGAAGAUGGCGACGACACAGAGAGCUCCCAUGAAAGUUCUGCUUGUGCUAAGCCUGAUGUCGAAGAGUUGGAAAUGCUUCUUGAAGCUUACUUCGUGCAGGUUGAUGGCACGCUGAACAAGUUAUGCCAUCUCCGCGACUAUGUGGAAAACACUGAAGACUACAUCAACUUCAUGCUAGACAAGAAGCAGAACCAGCUGCUGCAAAUGGGCGUGAUGCUCACGACGGCCACCGUGGUGGUCACCGCGGGCAUCGUCGUCGUGAGCUUGUUCGGCAUGAACAUCCACAUCGAGCUGAUGGCGGAUCCGGAGACCCCCGAGAUGGCGAGGAUCAAGAACAUGAAGUUCUGGGAGACCACCUGGGGCACCGUCGCUGGCUGCGCUGCUAUAUAUCUCCUGGCCAUCUAUGCAGGGAAGAAGAGCAAAUAUUUGCAGUGAUGACGCUUAUUCUCAGUUCCACACCAGACAGAGGAAGCACCGUGACUGUAAGUUCUGAAGUCCAGGGCCUCGUUUUCGCCGUCACAAAGGCUUCCCCUGGCCUGAGAAUAUGAUUCGAUAGUUUUCUUUCUAUUUCGUUUUGUCUGGGAGAUGCAGGAGUAACUGAUGCUUUGGUUUAGGUAGGAAUAAUUGAAUGGUGGCGAUAAGAUCUGCCCUGUCGUACCAUGAUCUACAAUUGGAGAAAAAAAAUGACAAAUUCACACCCCA